AUGCCUUUCCACGCUACAGUUCUCUACCCCAAUGACGACGACAUCACGUUCGACAUGGACUACUACCUGUCCAAGCACAUGCCACUAGUGCAAGAGAAAUUCGGCCCACACGGCCUCAGAAGAUGGGAGAUCACCGAGUAUGGACCGGGUGGCGACGGUGCCAAACCGGCCUAUCAUGUACAGGCCAUGUUGGUUUUUGACAGCCAGGAAGACCUGGGUAAAGCCCUGGGCUCAGAGGACGCGAAACCCGUCUUCGCAGACAUUCCCAACUUCACAAACAAACAGCCAGUGCUCAUGGGUGGUAACGUUGUCGGAAAGACAUAA